AUGGAAAAAGACAUAAAAUCACGUUUGAUUGAAUCAGUCUGUUCGAUAAAAAAGAAAAUUAAAAAUAUGAAAAAAGAUGAAGAACUGACUAAUUUAUCAGUAAACAAAAUUUUAAGACCUGUUGUUGAGCCGUUGCAUUCACUCCUUAAAAUUGAUAAACAUAUUCAAAAUACAAUAUCGCAAAAAGAGGAUGCUUCUAAAUAUGUAGGAAAUGCAAGUUCAGAUCAUGAAAAUUUAUAUAAAACUUCAGCUAGUUUAGAUGAAAUGGAUCCACCAAAUGUGUCUGAAACUUCUAAAAAUGAUGAUAUUAUUAAAAGUCCAACUAUGAUAAAUAAAGUUUUAGAGAGGUCGUUAAAAAAGAAUGAAAUUGCAGAUAUUUAUGACAGCUUAAAUGUACCAUUUGGCGUACGCAGCGUAGGUAGAGAUUUAUUCAUGGGGAAUUCAAAAGUCAAAUUAUCCACCCUAGUUAAUCCCAGCAAUAAUGAAAAAACUAAUUUGAUAAAUAUUGAAAAUAAGCAAUAUGAACUGUCAUCCGGUUUAAGAGAAUUAUUAUUUUGUAAAAAAACC